AUGCUCAAGUCGGCAACCAUCCGCUCAUCCAAAACCGAAAUAAUUGAUCGGAUAAUGAACGCUCGCAUUGCAGCGCCGACCCCGGCCUCAUUCCUGGGCUCGAGUGCCCAGUCUGCCAGGAGCUCAAAGACUGCGAGCAGCACCAGUGCCGCCACGGCCACCACCGACGAGCUGCAGCGAGAGGCGCACGCGCUCCGCGAAGAGCGCGCCGCCGCCGUGUCGGCUCGGCAGCUGCUCGAGGAGCACCUCGCCUCGCAACGCCUGAGCAGCGCUGCGGCGUUGGAGGCGCUCCAGCGGCAGCGAUGCGAGGAGCGUGAGCUGCGCGCAGCGUACGAGGCGCUGUUGAGCUCUUACCGCCAGUCCGAGUCGCUGCGGGCCGUCGCCGAGGCGCGGCGCCACGAGGCGGAGAGGAGGUGCGAGGCGGCGCUGAGCGCGGCAGAGGGGGAGAGGCACGCCCGACUGGCGGCGGAGCAACGCAUCGCGGACCGGCGGCCGGCCGCGUCCGUGUGUGGCUCGCCGUCGCCGCCCGCGUCCCCGCUUCGCCCCAUGCGGGAGCUGUGCGGGGUCACGAUGGAGUCGGCGCCGUGGCCGCCUCCGCCGCGCUCGAGGAGUCACGAGUGCUAG